UACAAUACUUGAAGGGAAAGUUAUGGGAAGCACUGUGACAGAUAACACCAACUACAGUAUGCUCCAGGCCCAAGUGGAAAGCCAAGAGCCAAGUCAGAAACGAUUUGUUCCCAUGGAAGAAAGGCCCGACACCAGCUUACUUCCAGCUGAACUCAUGCCCCCUAUUUCUGGCGGAAAAUAUUCUACGACCUACCGGGGUAUUCCACUUUUGAAAGAUCCUUUCCACUUCACUGUUGUACCACAGUUGCUUUGGGAGUUGAGACCACGAACGAUAUUCGAAUUCGGCGCCUACCAUGGAGGUUCAGCCCUAUGGAUGGCAGAUCUUAUGAAAUUGUACGACUCUGAGUCACGUGUCCUAUCUUUGGAUAUUGAUCUCACUAAGUUGGAAUCUUUAGCCAGGAAGCACCGUCCAGAUAUUGAGUUUAUUGAGGGAAACGUGUUCGAUGUCGAAACACACUUUCCUGGGGAACGUCUUAAGAAAUUACCUCAUCCCUGGUUACUAAGUGAAGACUCACAUGUGAACAUGAUAGGCGUGUUGGAGCAUUUCCACAAAUUCAUGCAACCUGGCGAUUAUCUUUGCAUUGAAGAUACAAACCCGGCGGGACCACAGAUUAGUGGGCAGGGGGUCGUGAAGAAGCUGGGAUAUGUAGAGUGGGGAUCUGCCAAAUUAGACGACCUCAAGAGAUUCGUGCAAAAUCAUCCAGGGAAAUACUUGGUUGAUCGAAAAUAUACCGACUUUUACGGAUCCAAUGUCACAUGGAACACCAACGGCUUCUUGCAGCGAUUUUAGUGCAUCAUAACUGCACAUAAAUAUGUUGUUAGAGAAGUUCAGUUACGUUAUAAAAAAGAAAG